AUGAGGAUCCCACCCAUCGAUGUGCUCAUCCAUUGGCCGCGGCCAAACUACAUCAACCCGGAGAAUCGGGGGCCGGGGCUGCUCAUCAUCGAGAUGGUCUUUUUGGGCAUCGCCAUGAUAUGCCUCUGCCUGCGGAUGUACAUCAGGAUUGUCAAGAUUCGACAGACCUGGUGGGAUGACUGGCUUAUGGUUGCUGGCAUGGUAUUCUGCAUUGGCGUCACGAUUUGCGUCAUUCUCGCCACUGAAUUAUACGGCUGGAACCUGCAUGUAUGGGAUGUUCCGCUGUCACUGAUCAAGCAAAGCCGACAGAUCUCCAUGGCUGCGCAGACUCUUUUCCUGUUCGCCUCUGGCUUGUCCAAGCUCUCGAUUCUUGCCAGCUAUCUGAGGCUCGCGGCACCGGGGACAUGGUUCCAACGGCUUACUUGGGUGACUGGCGGUCUUGUCUUCACCCUCGUCUGGGUCUUUCUCAUUGUGCUCUGGACGCAGUGCAUGCCGAUAUGGCACUACUGGACCCUCUUCGCCGACUGGGGAAACUGCAUCCCCGAAUGGCCGCCACUAGCAGGCCAAGGCAUCACAAACGUCCUCACCGACGUCGCCGUGUACCUCCUCCCGAUGCCGACCCUCUUCCGCCUCCAGAUGCCCCUCAACCAGCGCAUCAGCCUCAUCAUCCUCUUUGGCCUCGGCACCGUCGUCGUGCUCGCGGGCAUCAUGCGAACGUACUGGGUCAUCCGCGUCGAAGUUUUGUAUGUGGAGGACCCUUCUUACGACCUGACAUGGGACGGCUUCAACAUCUGGGUGUGGACCGCGCUCGAGGCGAAUCUGGCGAUUGUGUGCGGGUGCGCGCCGACGCUGAGGAGGCUGUUCACGGGCGGAGGUAAGGAUCAGACGCCCAAGGUGCAUAGUUCGAUUCAGACGAUUGGGAGCUCGGGGAUGAAGAGGAAGAAGCAUCGGUCGUUAGCAACCCUGGAGAGCUUCCCUUCGAACCACCGACCACACACUUCUUCGAGGAUCUUCCACCUGAACAACUUCAAGAAGCUGCGCGCUGUAUUGGACCGUGUAUCUUCAUCGAUGGCGUGGUGCAAGAUCUCAAUGUCGUCCAAGUUCUUGAACCGCCCAGCCAUCAGCUCGCGGCACAACUCUGGCAGACUCGUUCUUAUUAGCUCGUCGAAACAGUCUUCUGCGCGCGAGACCGUCAAACUCUCCAAGUUCUCGGUGCUUGAUUCGUCAAGGUCAUUGAUAGUAAUUCCCCCGCAGUAA